UGCAUCAGCGUCAAUGUUGUUAUAGUGAGAAGCAGUGCUGUGUGGGUUGCAGCUUUUUGUGACUGAAAAGUGCAUUUAGUGGGACGUUCAAACCAAAAGCAUCGAAUUAAAUUAUUGCUGUUUUUUAGUUUGAUUAGUCUAGUUUCGAUUUACUCCAAAUAAUUACCAGGUUGAAGGACAAUGGAUAAUGCAAAAGCAGACAGAGACCAAGCUGAGGACAAGAAGGAGGUUGACAUAUAUAGGGAUACACCGGUGCGUCUUCUAGGGUACGCCAACGAGGUGGGCGAGUCGUUCCGGGCGCUGACGUCGCCGUGGUUUGUACGCGCGACGUACGGCGUCUCCGGUCUCUACGUCGUCGCGGACACGACGGACAAGGCCACCAAGAUGGCGCGGGUGCCCCUGGCGCGACGCAAGUGGGCGACGACGCUGGUGGGGCUCGCCACGAUCCCCUUCAUCGUCCACCCCAUCGACGCCCUCGUCCACUACGGCAUGGACAAGACAGUGCGUCCUUACCUGCACCGCCAUGACGGGCCUUAGUCCAUCAGUCCUUAACUGUCAAACCUGCACCGCUAUGGCGUUCCAGGCGAUAAGGCAUAAAAAGUCGAGCUACUAGAUAAGGGCAAUAAGGCGUAGGAAGCAUUGCCGCUGGGAGCUACUAGAUAAGGGCGAUAAGGCGUGAGAAGCAUUACCGCUACGAGCUACUAGAUAAGGGCUAUAAGGUGUAGGAAGCAUUACCACUACAAGCUACUAGAUAAGGGCGAUAAGGCUUGGUUAAAAUCAUUUACUUUACAGUAGUCUGCUUUGUGGUUUUGUUCGUUUAUGUGAUAGUUUCAUUCAGCCAUCAUGAUUGCAUUUAAAUACUUCUUAUGGUACUUCAUCAUUCGACGUUAGCAUUCAUUAAUUGUAAUUGCAUGUACUUACACCAUGAAGAUGCGUCAUACAUCACCUCAUCUUAUUUUCAAUUAAGAUAUAGAUAUUCUCUAGAGAUUAUAGAUGCUCAAUGAUAUUGCGGUUAGUUUUCAAUGUAUGCGCAGUUGUUAACGUUAAAUUUAACGAAUUGUUGAAUUUGCGACCUCAGCAACGAAGCUAUUGGAACUAAGU